GCAUCUUCAUUAAUUAACAGACAACCUUCACAUUUUUUCGCGGGUUUUGUUUUUCACCUUCUCUGAGGCAUUUGGAGUGCGGUUUCUACGUAGGGAUUUCUACACUGUGGGGCUGUCGAUGUUGUGGCUUCUUCGGAAACGAAGAUCUCUUGCUCACGAUUCAAAUAGUUCAACUGAUACUUAGCUGCGGAAAUAGAGCAGACAUCCCGAAAACAUUCAUCCUACACAUGUUAAGAAGAUCGAUGAAGAUAUAAUAGCAACGGUUUCUGGGAUGAAGCUUGACUGUGAGAUUGCAAAACCAGGCUCUAAGGAAGUCUUUCAGUCUCAACCCAAGAAUAAGUACAGAUGCUCUCUUCUCCAGCCUUACCCUGCCAUUGAUUGUAAGUUAAGACAGGCUGCAAAUUCCGGGCAAGCGGUUCAAUCUGGUGACAGCGACGAACUCAUCAAGCACAUGUCUAAUUUACCCGGCUUUCUCCGACAAGCAGAGAAGGAAAAGACUGUUCAAGAGAAGGCACUUAAUUUUGGUGUUCUUGAUUGGAAGCGAUUAGAGAAAUGGAAAUAUACCGAACGCAUGCCUGGAAGAUCUCCCAAGAAAACACCAUCAGCAAGUGUGCCUCCUAAAAUGUGUCCGAGCUUCAAGAAGCACCAAUCUUCUCAAUGGCAACCUCCACCGCUUCACAGGACAGACUACAAAGAUGUAGGCCUCCAAAAUUUUCGUCAAAAGGUUGAGCUGUGCCAGAGAAGCUGUUCAAAGACAAAUGUCAGCAGCAGCAAAAGGAAAGAUCCAUGGAAAGUGAAUUCAUUGCCGGAGCAGAACAAACAUGAGACUGCGGUAAACACUGAUGAAGUGAAAUUUACAACUGAAUGCUCUGCAGAGCCACAAAAUAAUUUGCCCGGGCAUUUGAACAGUUACUCGCAAAGUUCUCAGCUUAUGCAAUCAAGGGCUUCAUAUGAUGGUCAAUUUUCGGAUGUGGCGGUGAACACAUUAUCAGAUUUAUUUUCUGCUGAGCAUACGCCCAAGCCGGACAAGACAGCAACAUCUACUGCAAUUGAUUUGGAUCUUCGUACCAAUGCAUCUGAAGGUAAAUGUCUGAUGAUCCGAGUAGAGACAACUAGACCUUCAACCGAACAACCUGUAGUUAAAGGAAGAGCUCCCUCACCUACGCGUCGCUUUAAGGAGAGCUCAGCUACUCCACAAUUGAGUUCAAGUGUCAAAUCAGGACAAGUGAAACCUGAAUUUUCGUCCGAGAAGGAAAGUUCCAAUGGCAGAGGGCAGUCAAGUCCUUUACGGAGAUUGCUGAACCCAUUGCUGAAGUACAAAGCGACUCAAUCUUCCGUUAGGACCAAGCCUGAGGCUGAGGUAUCUCGUAUUCAGGCACUUUUACAGCUGACGAUGAAGAACGAUCUCCCGUUCUUCAAGCUUGUAGUCGACAACGCUGAAGACAUGCUGGCAGCGGCUGUCAAGACGCUGCCGACAACCGGAAAGAACGAUCCUUGCAUGAUCUAUACAUUCUACUCCGUUCACGAGAUUCGGAAAAAAGGCAUUAACUGGAUCAGUCAAGGAUCUAAGAGUAAAAACUGCAGCCUGGGCUACAAAAUUACCGGCCGAAUGAAGAUUUCCAGCUCAGCCGAGGAUUACGAUGCAUACAGAGCAAGGGAAUGUGUGCUAUACGGUAUCGAUCCAGACGUACCUAACAAGGAGAUUGCAGCAGUGAUCGUGAAAAGUUCGAUCAAUUUUCCGCGGUUUUCUUCAACUGGCGCUACGGUGGCUAUCCUUCCCGGGGGGGUUCAUAGUACACCGAUUAAAGGCAUGCCUUCGUCCUUAAUUAGCAGAUGGAGAUCUGGAGGACAGUGUGAUUGUGGCGGGUGGGAUGUCGGCUGCAAGCUGCGAAUACUCGCUGAUCGUAGGAGGAGCAGCAGCGUUCUUCAAGCAUCGGUUUCGAGUUCUGAUGUCGAUCGCGUUAAUCUUUUCUUGCAGGGUGAUGAGCUAAAGAGCAAGCCUGUUUUCAGCUUGGAACCAUUAAGCAACGGACUCUACUUGGUCGAACUGGAUAAUUCGUUUUCGUUGUUGGAGGCUUUCGCGACGUGUGUAGCGCACGUUACCUGUUCGAAAUUUCCGGAAAUUGUCGACACAAAGUGUCAAUCAGAUGCGGAACAUUUUCCAGAAACGCCAACAAAAUUCCAAGUCCAACUCUCGGCUAAGUACACGACUUGCCCGCCCCUUUCUCCGGCAGGAAGGAUUUGAAAGAGUUUUUUUGGCUCGUCGGGUAUCUGUACUUUAAAAAAAGUCAGUCUGUUUACUCUCAGCAUUUCUCAAUGGAAUAAUUUUCCAUACA